AUGGAUCGGGUUCGCGGAUCCGCGUUCCUGCUCGGCGUCCUGCUCGCAGGAUCCCUGUUUGCAUUUUCAGUUGCUAAGGAGGAGACCAAGAAGCUCGGGACCGUGAUCGGUAUCGAUCUCGGUACCACCUACUCUUGUGUCGGUGUGUACAAGAACGGUCAUGUCGAGAUCAUCGCCAAUGACCAGGGUAACCGUAUCACACCCUCAUGGGUUGCCUUCACCGAUAGCGAGAGGCUCAUCGGUGAGGCUGCCAAGAACCAGGCAGCUGUCAACCCUGAGAGGACCAUCUUUGACGUCAAGCGGCUCAUCGGAAGAAAGUUUGAGGACAAGGAAGUCCAGAGGGACAUGAAACUUGUUCCCUACAAGAUUAUUAACAAGGAUGGUAAGCCCUACAUUCAGGUCAAGAUCAAGGACGGGGAGAACAAGGUCUUCAGCCCUGAGGAGAUCAGUGCCAUGAUUCUUGGCAAGAUGAAGGAUACUGCUGAGGCUUACCUUGGCAAGAAGAUCACCGAUGCUGUCGUCACUGUCCCUGCGUACUUCAAUGAUGCGCAGAGGCAGGCAACCAAGGAUGCUGGUGUCAUUGCCGGCCUCAAUGUUGCUAGGAUCAUCAAUGAGCCGACUGCUGCUGCUAUUGCCUACGGUUUGGACAAGAAGGGUGGCGAGAAGAACAUCCUUGUGUUUGACCUUGGUGGUGGUACUUUUGAUGUCAGUGUCUUGACCAUUGACAAUGGUGUGUUUGAGGUGCUGGCCACCAACGGUGACACCCAUCUUGGAGGUGAGGACUUUGACCAGAGGAUCAUGGAGUACUUCAUCAAGUUGAUCAAGAAGAAGUACAGCAAGGACAUCAGCAAGGACAACCGUGCUCUUGGAAAGCUGAGGAGGGAAGCUGAGCGUGCCAAGAGAGCCCUCAGCAACCAGCACCAGGUCCGCGUUGAGAUUGAGUCCCUCUUUGAUGGGACCGAUUUCUCGGAGCCGCUGACCCGUGCCAGGUUUGAGGAGCUGAACAACGACCUGUUCCGCAAGACUAUGGGCCCUGUCAAGAAGGCCAUGGAGGAUGCUGGCCUUGAGAAGAGCCAGAUCCACGAGAUUGUCCUUGUUGGUGGAAGCACCAGGAUUCCCAAGGUCCAGCAGCUCCUGAGGGACUACUUUGAUGGCAAGGAGCCCAACAAGGGUGUCAACCCUGAUGAGGCUGUUGCCUUUGGUGCCUUGGUGCAGGGAAGCAUCUUGAGCGGCGAGGGUGGUGACGAGACCAAAGAUAUCCUCCUCCUUGAUGUGGCUCCCCUCACCCUGGGUAUUGAGACCGUCGGUGGAGUCAUGACCAAGUUGAUCCCGAGGAACACUGUCAUCCCAACCAAAAAGUCGCAGGUGUUCACCACCUACCAGGACCAGCAGACCACUGUCUCCAUCCAGGUCUUCGAGGGUGAGCGCAGCAUGACCAAGGACUGCCGUCUUCUCGGCAAGUUCGACCUCUCUGGCAUUCCACCAGCUCCAAGGGGCACUCCCCAGAUCGAGGUGACCUUCGAGGUGGAUGCCAACGGUAUCCUGAACGUGAAGGCGGAGGACAAGGGCACCGGCAAGUCGGAGAAGAUCACGAUCACGAACGAAAAGGGCCGCCUGAGCCAGGAGGAGAUCGACCGCAUGGUGCGGGAGGCGGAGGAGUUUGCGGAGGAGGACAAGAAGGUGAAGGAGAGGAUCGACGCCCGGAACCAGCUGGAGACGUACGUGUACAACAUGAAGAACACGGUGGGCGAUAAGGACAAGCUUGCGGACAAGCUUGAGGCGGAGGAGAAGGAGAAGGUGGAGGAGGCCCUCAAGGAGGCGCUGGAGUGGCUGGACGACAACCAGUCGGCCGAGAAGGAGGACUACGAGGAGAAGCUCAAGGAGGUGGAGGCCGUGUGCAACCCCAUCGUCUCGGCCGUGUACCAGCGGUCGGGCGGCGCCCCUGGCGGUGACUCCGAGGGUGGCGUCGACGACGACCACGACGAGCUGUAG